GUACUUAUGAAUCAUUCUGUAGAGUGCAUGUUACUAGUAUAACUUAACAAGCGUAACAAGGAAUGUGGAUCAAUAAUAUUUGACAGACUAGUACUGACUUGGCGUUUGCCAAUUUCAAUUUUUUACAGUGGUAGUAUGGAGCCUGCGUUUCACAGAGGCGACUUGCUCUUCCUCACCAAUUAUAAGGACGAGCCAGUGAGAGUGGGCGAGAUCGUAGUUUUCAAAGUCGAGGGCAGAGACAUACCUAUUGUGCACAGAGUACUUAAACUUCAUGAAAAGGGUGACCAAAAUAACACUGUCAAGUUUCUCACGAAAGGCGACAACAAUUCUGUGGACGAUCGAGGCCUGUACGCGCCUGGUCAGCUCUGGUUGACGCACAAGGACGUGGUCGGCCGAGCGAGAGGCUUCCUACCGCACGUCGGCAUGGUCACUAUAUACAUGAACGAAUAUCCUAAAUUUAAGUAUGCAGUAUUAGCAUGUCUUGGACUGUACGUUUUGGUACACAGAGAAUAAAGCUGCUCGAUAAGUUUAAAACGUUUGUUUUGCGACAAAUCUGAUUGUCUCUAGGGGAAUGCGCAGUUUACUAAUCAUUUAGAUAAAAGCAGACACAUACAAAGCUAUGUACAACGGAUAUAUUCGCGCAUACGUCGCUGAAUUUCCACUUGAUAGGAAGUAUUGAAAUUUUGGGCCAGAGUGCAUUUCUCUGUACAUAAAAAAUUCGAAUCGAUAGUUUAAAAAUUGAAUUAAAAAUCUUAUUAAAGAAUUUUCGUCAAAAUUUAUAUUGAAUAUUUUGUCUCAAUUUUCAUGUCAAGAUACGAUAUUGGAGGUGAAUGCUCUAUAAUACAGGACCAUCGAAAAUAAAAAUAUAAUAAGCGAUAUAACAUUCUCUGUUCUCAAGGGUUUGAGUUACGUAAUUGCUUGAUUACAACGGCAAUUAUGAGAAGCAUUAUCUGCAGCUAUAAUAAAUAUAAAAUUUUUGAAAGAUACCGUAAUGUUGAAAAAAGGCGUUUUUUUUUAGAAUAUUCUCAUUUUUGUUUCUUAGGUAAUUACACGUUUAUUAAAGUGAUGCUGCUUACAUAAAAAGUCACUGUUUGUAACCUCUUUAUGUAGCAUGUGUUAAAUCGUCGUCAAUUUUUCUCCGCUUUUACUCGGUAAACGCGGCAGCAUAUUAUAUUAUAAAACCCGAAAAGAUCAAUUUUGUUGUAAUUCUUCGUGUGGCACGUUGUAAUUACUUUUAUCUCACGUGUGAAAUAAAUUUGUAAUAUUUUAGUGCAUUACGAUACUGGAAA